CGCGUCCUGACGGCAGCCAGUCGUGAUGAUGCUGCUCUGCUGUGUGCUGGUGGCGCUGCUCUGUGCAGCGCGCGGGCAGAAGGACCCAAACGUCGCGUCGGACAGGAGCGCUAUUGUUCAUCUCUUCGAGUGGAAGUUUGACGAUAUAGCGGCAGAAUGUGAGAGGUUCUUGGCCCCCCGAGGCUACGCUGGAGUGCAGGUUUCUCCAGUUAACGAAGUCAUCAUACUAAACGUCACGAGUCGCCCCUGGUAUGACAGGUACCAACCCAUCUCCUACAUAAUCGCCAGUCGUUCUGGGGAUGAGGUGGCCUUCAGGUCCAUGGUUCACAGAUGUAACGACCUCAAUGUCAGGAUCUACGUUGAUGUGGUUAUGAACCACAUGUCCGCUAAUUCAGGCGACGUCACAGGAACAGGCAACAGCAGGGCCUACACGGCUGACUUCGUGUAUCCGGCUGUCCCUUACGGCCCUGGAGACUUUCACAAUCCAACCUGCGCCAUUCAGGGCGAUGACUAUGGAAACAAUGCUACUGCCGUCAGAGACUGUGAACUGGUUGGGCUACAUGAUCUCAAUCAAAGCAAGCCCUACGUCAGAGAGCAGAUCAUAAACUUCUUGAACAAGCUCGUGGACGCAGGAGUAGCUGGCUUUAGAGUGGACGCCGCCAAACACAUGUGGCCAGAGGACCUGCAGUACAUCUACAGCCACGUCAAGAAUCUCAGCACAGUGCAUGGAUUCCCGCCGCAGACAAGGCCUUUUAUCUACCAGGAAGUCAUCGACUAUGGAGGAGAGGCUGUUAAGAGGGGAGAAUAUACUAGUCUUGGGAGGGUUACAGAGUUCAACUAUGGCACUUUCUUGGGGAAAGGAUUUUCCGGAAAUUUCCCUAUCAGCCACUUCUACAAUUUUGGAUCAGAAUGGGGGAUGCUGGAUGACGGCGAUGCUCUCGUGUUUGUGGGUAACUAUGACAACCAGCGCGGCUCUGGUGACGGGGGAGCGAACAUUCUCACCUAUAAACAGGCCAAACUCUAUAAGAUGGCAGUAGCGUUCAUGCUGUCAUGGCCUUAUGGAUACCCACGCGUCAUGUCCAGCUACUAUUUCGACAACCACGACCAAGGACCCCCACAGGACUCGAAUCAGAACACUGUGUCUCCAACAAUAAAUCGGGACGGAACGUGUGGCAACGGCUGGGUCUGCGAACAUCGGUGGAGGCAGAUCUACAAUAUGGUGGGCUUCAGAAACCUGGUAAAAGGAACAUCAGUGACGAACUGGUGGGAUAAUGGAAGCCAGCAGAUCGCUUACACCAGAGGUAACCUCGGUUUCAUCGCAUUCAAUGACCAAUACAACACUGACCUCAGCCAGACGAUACAGACAAGUCUACCCGGCGGGGCCUACUGUGACAUCAUCUCGGGGGAGAAGCAGGGUAGCGUCUGUACCGGCAAGACCGUUACCGUCGAGCCAGACGGGACGGCGUUCAUCCAGCUCCAGGAUUCUGAAGACGACAGCGUCCUAGCAAUUACCGUCGAGUCGAAGCUGUGAAACCUGAAACUGGUGUUCAGACUACAGGAUGUUUUAGAAGACAUCACUGACCUGAAAAAAGUAAUGUAGUAUUGUUCCAAUAAAGCGUAUUCGUUUGGGCAACACCAAUACGCAGAAACAGAA